GCUCUCGAGUUCUCGCGGUAUUUCGGGCCCUCUCGCGGGAGUAUCGUUGUGAAGGGCUGCAGCAGAGCUACAGGAUCCACCGGCAGAAUGGCGUUCACAUGUGACCAGUGUGGGAAGGACUUUACUCGUUCUGAGUCACUCAGACUGCAUGUGAGAAUCCACACAGGAGAAGGCCUAUACAGCUGUGACCAGUGUGGGAAGGAAUUUACUCGUCCUCAUCCACUCAAAGAACAUAUGAAAGUCCACACAGGAGAGAGGCCAUUUGAAUGUGACCAGUGUGGGAAGAAAUUUAAACUGUCUGGUGCACUUAAACAACAUAUGAGAAUCCACACAGGAGAGAAACCACUUGAAUGUGACUGGUGUCGAAAAAAAUUUAGUCAUUCUGGUGUAUUCAAACGACACAUGAGAAUCCACACAGGAGAGAGGCCAUUUGAAUGUGACCAGUGUGGAAAGGAAUUUAAACAGUCUGGUACACUCAAACAACAUAUGAGAAUUCACACGGGAGAGAGGCCAUUUGAAUGUGACCAGUGUGGGAAGGAAUUUAAACAGUCUGGUACCCUCAAACAUCAUAUGAGAAUUCACGCAGUAGAGAAGCCAUUUGAAUGUGACCAGUGUGGGAAGAAAUUUACAUGGUCUGGUGCACUCAAACAGCAUAUGAGAAUUCACACAGGAGAGAAGCCAUUUGAAUGUGACCAGUGUGGGAAGAAAUUUACACGGUCUGGUACACUCAAACAACAUAUGAGAAUUCACACGGGAGAGAGGCCAUUUGAAUGUGACCAGUGUGGGAAGGAAUUUAAACAGUCAGUUGCACUCAAACAACAUAUGAGCAUUCACACGGGAGAGAGACCAUUUGAAUGUGACCAGUGUGGGAAGGAAUUUAAACUGUCUUGUACACUCAAACAACAUAUGAGAAUUCACACAGGAGAGAGACCAUUUGAAUGUGACCAGUGUGGGAAGGAAUUUACACGUUCCACUACACUUAAAGAACAUAUGAGAAUUCACACAGGAGAGAGGCCAUUUGAAUGUGACCAGUGUGGGAAGGAAUUUACACAGUCUUUUGUACUCAAACAACAUAUGAGAAUUCACACAGGAGAGAGGCCAUUUGAAUGUGACCAGUGUGGGAAGGAAUUUACACAGUCCACUAAUCUUAAAGAACAUAUGAGAAUCCACACAGGAGAGAGGCCAUUUGAAUGUGACCAGUGUGGGAAUACAUUUAAACUGUCUGGUACACUUAAACAGCACAUGAGGAUCCACACAGGAGAGAAACCAUUUGAAUGUGAACAGUGUGGGAAGACAUUUACAGUGCUUCAAACGCUCAAAUUACAUAUGACUACCCACACAGAUGAGAGGCCAUUUGAAUGUGACCAGUGUGGGAAGACUUUUACACGGUCUGGUUCACUCAAAAAGCAUAUGCGAAUCCACACAGGAGAGAGGCCAUUUGAAUGUGACCAGUGUGGGAAGACAUUUACACAUUCUUGUUCACUCAAAAAGCAUAUGCGAAUCCACACAGGAGAGAGGCCAUUUGAAUGUGACCAGUGUGGGAAGACAUUUACACAGUCUUUUGGACUUGCAGUACAUAUGCGAAUCCACACGGGAGAGAGGCCAUUUGAAUGUGACCAGUGUGGGAAGACAUUUAAACUGUCUGGUGCACUUAAACAGCACAUGAGGAUCCACACAGGAGAGAGGCCAUUUGAAUGUGACCAGUGUGGGAAACAAUUUAAAAGCUCUAGUCACCUUCAUCGACAUAGAAGAAUCCACAGUGGGGAAAAAUCAUACACAUGUGUCCAAUGUGGGAAAGUGUUUUCUGAUUCAUCCAGUCUGAAUAAACACAUGAGAGUUCACACCUGGCACAGACUAUACGAGUGUGACCAGUGUGAAAAGACUUUCACAACAUCACAGCAGCUCUCCAGUCACUACCGAACGCACACAGGAGACAAACCAUAUGACUCUGACGAGGGGGAAGGCUUUAAGACCUAUGAGGAACCAUCUGAAACAUCUCCAAAUCUUCCAGACGGACACACUAAUGGAGACAGAGCUGCUGAGGCUGGAUCAUGUGAGCCUAAAGUCAGACUCAAAAAGCUCCAGAUCAGACUUCAGAGACUCCAGACUGUGGAGCUCAACUCUGUGUAGAGUCAACAUAUCUUUUUUGGAUUUGGACUUUUACAUUUUUGUAUUUAUUUAUUUAUUUUUUUUGACAUAAAGCUUGAGGUUUAAUCUUUUCAAGAAUACUGUUGUAAAAAUUUCAAGUGAAAGGUAAAAUAAAGUGUUCUAGACCAACU